ACACACACACACACACUCUCUCCCUCUGACGUCUUUUGCGCAUUUCCUGCAUUAGAGGGAGGGAGACUCGCUCGCACACCGACGGAGGGAGAAGGGACCGAGGGGGAGAGCUGGCGGGCGGCGAGCGAGCAGCAGCCGAGAGCGGGGACGCGGAGAGCGCGGCGGGCGGGCGGGCGCCGGCGCCCUGGAGGUGGGGCCGCGCGGAGCCGCAGUCCCGGCCCCGCCGCCGCGCUGCGCACCGCCGGUGCCGGCCUGCGCCCCGAGCCCAAGCAGUGGCCACCCCGACUCCGAGCCCGCGCGGAUGUGAGAUUCCGGGCUCCUGGCGCCUCCCGAUCGCCGAUCGUCGCGCGGCGCUGCUGCGUCCUAGAGGCGGCGGCCAGGCUGGCGGUGGGGCUUGUGGAUUUUUAAAAAUUUGGCUGCGAGGAGGACCAUUUCCUUUCGACAUGCAUCCCUCCGGAUAGACUGAACAUCCCUCGGUCCAUCCCCCGCCCCGCGCGGCCAGAGGCGGGCGCUGGGUGUGCGAAGAGGAUCCGGGUUGAAAUCUGCGCCCCCGGUUUUCGUCCCCGCCCCACCGCCCCCUCGCCCUCCCGGAGUCAAAAUUUCCCGGGGAUUAUGUUUCGGAAAGGUAGGUAAGCGCCCGGCGCGGCGCCCGCUUCCCGCAGCCCGGACCCGGGGAGCCAGCGAGGCGGCGAGACAGCCCCCGCAGCUGGCAGAGGAGCCGACAGCUCCUCUCUUCUUCUGGAGGUGCCGCUGGUGGUAGGGGGGGAGAGGCUUGUUCCAAACACGGACGUCCCCCAGCUCUCCCCCCCCUCCCUGUUUUCCGUUAGGAACCCGGCGAGGAAAUACAUGCACUCACUGAGAAUCGCCCGCGCCAGGGCGCAGCGCUACAAGGUGUAGGCAGAGUGUGGGGUGGGGCGAGAAGGGGACUAAGGAGCCCCCGAGGCUCCCAACGCCGGGGCGUCGGUUCUUCAUCCUGCCCUCGGGGCGGACGGAGCGAUCCCGGCCCCCCUCCACGCCCCGACCAUGGUAGUGUUCAAUGGCCUUCUUAAAAUCAAAAUCUGCGAGGCUGUGAGCCUGAAGCCCACAGCCUGGUCGCUGCGCCAUGCAGUGGGACUCCGGCCACAGACUUUCCUUCUGGACCCUUACAUUGCCCUCAACGUGGACGACUCGCGCAUCGGCCAAACGGCCACCAAGCAGAAGACCAACAGCCCGGCCUGGCACGAUGAGUUCGUCACCGACGUGUGCAACGGGCGCAAGAUCGAGUUGGCUGUCUUCCACGAUGCCCCCAUCGGCUACGACGACUUCGUGGCCAACUGCACCAUCCAGUUUGAGGAGCUCCUGCAGAACGGGAGCCGCCACUUCGAGGACUGGAUUGAUCUGGAGCCGGAAGGCCGAGUGUAUGUGAUCAUCGAUCUCUCGGGGUCGUCGGGUGAAGCGCCUAAAGACAAUGAAGAGCGCGUGUUCAGGGAGCGCAUGCGGCCCAGGAAGCGGCAAGGGGCCGUCAGGCGCAGGGUCCACCAGGUCAAUGGCCACAAGUUCAUGGCCACCUACCUUCGGCAGCCCACCUACUGCUCCCACUGCAGGGAUUUUAUCUGGGGUGUCAUAGGAAAGCAGGGAUACCAAUGUCAAGUGUGCACUUGCGUGGUCCACAAGCGAUGCCAUGAGCUCAUCAUCACGAAGUGUGCUGGAUUAAAGAAACAGGAAACUCCCGACGAGGUGGGCUCCCAGCGGUUCAGCGUCAACAUGCCCCACAAGUUCAGUAUCCACAACUACAAGGUCCCCACCUUCUGCGACCACUGUGGGUCCCUGCUCUGGGGCCUAUUGCGGCAGGGGCUGCAGUGUAAAGUCUGCAAGAUGAACGUCCACCGACGCUGCGAGACCAACGUGGCUCCCAACUGUGGAGUGGACGCCAGAGGAAUCGCCAAAGUCCUGGCAGACCUUGGCGUCACCCCAGACAAAAUCACCAACAGUGGCCAGAGGAGGAAAAAGCUCCUUGCUGGUGCCGAGUCCCCGCAGCCCGCUUCUGGAGGCUCACCCUCUGAGGAAGACCGGUCCAAGUCAGCACCCACCUCCCCUUGUGACCAGGAAUUAAAAGAACUUGAAAACAACAUCCGGAAGGCCUUGUCAUUUGACAACCGAGGGGAGGAGCACAGGGCAGCAGGGUCCACCGACGGCCAGCUGGCGAGCCCCGGAGAGAACGGUGAAGUCCGGCAAGGCCAGACCAAGCGCUUGGGCCUGGAUGAGUUCAACUUCAUCAAAGUGUUGGGCAAAGGCAGCUUUGGCAAGGUCAUGUUGGCGGAGCUCAAAGGCAAAGACGAAGUAUAUGCUGUGAAAGUCUUAAAGAAGGACGUCAUCCUUCAGGACGACGAUGUGGACUGCACGAUGACAGAGAAGAGGAUUUUGGCUCUAGCGCGGAAACACCCAUACCUAACCCAACUCUAUUGCUGCUUCCAAACCAAGGACCGCCUCUUUUUCGUCAUGGAGUAUGUCAAUGGUGGAGACCUCAUGUUCCAGAUUCAGCGCUCCCGAAAAUUCGACGAGCCUCGCUCCCGGUUCUAUGCUGCAGAGGUUACGUCAGCCCUCAUGUUCCUCCACCAGCAUGGAGUCAUCUACAGGGAUUUGAAACUGGACAACAUCCUUCUGGAUGCAGAAGGUCACUGCAAGCUGGCCGACUUUGGGAUGUGCAAGGAAGGGAUUCUGAACGGUGUGACGACGACCACGUUCUGUGGGACGCCUGACUACAUCGCUCCCGAGAUCCUGCAGGAGUUGGAGUACGGCCCCUCUGUGGACUGGUGGGCGCUGGGGGUGCUGAUGUACGAGAUGAUGGCUGGGCAGCCCCCCUUCGAGGCCGACAACGAGGACGACCUGUUUGAGUCCAUCCUCCACGACGACGUGCUCUACCCCGUGUGGCUCAGCAAGGAGGCCGUCAGCAUCCUGAAAGCUUUCAUGACCAAGAACCCCCACAAGCGCCUGGGCUGUGUGGCAGCACAGAAUGGCGAGGACGCCAUCAAGCAGCACCCGUUCUUCAAGGAGAUCGACUGGGUGCUCCUGGAGCAGAAGAAGAUCAAGCCACCCUUCAAACCUCGAAUUAAAACCAAAAGAGACGUCAAUAACUUUGACCAAGACUUUACCCGGGAAGAGCCAGUACUCACGCUUGUGGAUGAAGCAAUUGUGAAGCAGAUCAACCAGGAGGAAUUCAAAGGUUUCUCCUACUUUGGUGAAGACCUAAUGCCCUGAGCGGGCCCCCCCCCGCCCCCCCAGGUGGAGUUUGGUGAUGCUACAAGAAGGGGUGCCGUGAAGAUGGCUGUUUUCCAGAGGCUCACAAGGUCUUGAACUACUUCUCCUCCCCGGAGCCCCAAUCCCUGUCCACUCUAUUUAUUGCAUUCCCUUAGCCCAGGCCAGCUCCUGCCUCCUCCUGCCUGGUGACCAGAAGGCACUCUUGGCUCUCAGCGCACCGGGAAAGCAGCACCGUGUUGGGCCGGCCAUUAGCUGGACACGUCGCUGUGUUUGGUCUGUUGGGGAGCCUGUUUCUACUUCUCAGGGGCUCCUGGCAGUGAAGCGACUGCAGUUCUUUCACUGCAAAGGAAAAUGUAAAAGGCAAACAAGAAGACUCGGGCUCUGCAAUUGAACGUAGAAUUCCAACAACUCUUGCUUCUCAUCCCCCCAGUCCGCCCCCGCCUGCCAUCCUCUGCCCUUCUGUGCGGGGGGGAAGAGACUGCUUCUUCAGCCUGAGGGGGGCGCCCUGAGGUGCCUGUGAAGGAGAGAGACUGGGCGAUGCGCAGGUUGGCUGCCUGUGGUGGUGUGUCUGGAAUGGCUAAUUCCUGCUUGCUUUGGUGUUGGCUUGGGGGCAUGCCAAAGUUGUGGAAGCAUGUAUCUUGUGGAAGAAAUUACUCUUUUUGAAAAAGAAAAUUUGAUUUUGCACUCUCUUAACGUUUGGAAAAGAUAUCCUCAAAUUUGCUAAUUGGCCAACAGAUACAGAUUCCAGUGUUAAUACAGGUUGAUAUUAAAGGGCUAAUAUGCAACGAGAAACCAGUCGUCCAAGGUUUAUACUCCUAAUGCAUUGGUGGCGCACGGGGGCUGUACGAAUUGAGAGAAAAGGAAACAAGCGUGGUCCUCGUUAUUAACAUUCUGCCUGAAUACGAAGGCCACCACCCUGAUGGCCACGACCCUGGGGUUCUCGCAAAACUCAGCUCCCAAAUUCUCUUUCCACUUUCGUCCUGAGUUCCCAGCAUAAACUCUAUUUAUUUCCUGCAGCAGUGUGUUAUUUUUGCGCACUUCUACAAAAUGGUAGUACUACUGUGUUGUGGUUUUUAAACAUUAAACAUGUCAAGUUGAAUAUGAAAUACCUGCUUUCGGAACAAGCAGAAUGAGGUUAAACAUGAGCCCUGCAGAGCGUGUCAAGAGCCUGAAAAGCAACUUGCCUGGAAACUGACAGUGUGGCCGGCCGGACUGGGAGGCUUGUUCCUGUGUGACGCGGAAAGGCAACUCAUGUGGACACUACUUAAUGGAUGCGAUGUUACCUCCUGUAGAUAUGCUAACAGUGUUACGUUCUUUUAUUCCCAAGGGUUCUCUGUGGCUUUGUGUAUAUGUUUCCCGGAGGUCAUUUGAUUAUCUAUUUUGCUGAACUGAUUUAGCAGGGAAUGGAAUCCAUUCCAACUGUUGCACGUGGAUUUCCCAGCUGCCCCUUAAUAUAUAUACUUGUGAGUGGCAAAGUGGCACCCACGAAGCUUUUUGCCUUUUGUACAUUUGAGAUUUUUGUAUAUAGUGUUUGCUGCAAGGCCUGUGGAAUUAAUUCAUUGAAUUUAGAGGUAUCAACUGCUGCAUGUUCAGGCAUAUUAUAAAACUUUAGUCUAUGAAAGAAUAAUUCUAAUAACGUCCAGGUGCAAUACUCUGUAUGUGUAUUGGUUCAAGUUACCGAGAGAUAAGUUGUGUUUGUUUCUUGCGGGGGGGGGGGAGGGGGGGGGCGGUCAGGGAGCUCCUGUGUAUUGUUUAUUUCAUUUUGGGUUUGUUUUAAAAGAUGUAAACAUAUAUUAAGCUAUAUUAAAUCUCACAUAUAGUUCUCCUGGGCUCUAUUCUGCCCUGAUAGAGAUGGGGAAGAGAAAGGAAUGUUUUUGGAUGGUGGUGUCAAAGCCUGGACAGUGACCAGCUCGAGCCCAUAGGGAGUUGCUGUCCGUAUUUGCACCUGGCAGGUCACGGCCCUUGUUACUAAUGGUGACGUUUAGUUCUCUUUUGUUUUUAUUUUUUAAAAACUCAGGUGUAAUUAUUAUCUGUUCUUAUGAUAAUUUCAAAUACUAUGCUCUAUCAGUUUGUGUGUUUGGCACACCAGCGAAGUGAUGAAGAACAGUGGAUUAAUUUAAUUUAUCUUCGGUAACUUGACGUGCUGGGGAGAGACUAUCUUUUGGAGUUGAGUACAAGCACAGCAACAUCUUCAUGGUGGCAUCAUCUCAUUUUUUUAGGAAGACAUGACAAUACUGCCCAUCAUACUCAUGCCUCACUACUGCUCUCUCUUUUUCCUCUGCUUCCCUGGCCAUGAGAAACUUUGAACAACCAGGCCAGCUCCAACUGCAAUGCCAAAUGGCCUUGUCCAAGGGCGUGGUGGUGGUCCCAUGUCGGCGGGGGUUGGACCCUUUCAACAGGACAACUGGCAUUUUUGCUGGGAAGUCAGAUAAGAAUACAUGCCACCCAGCAGCUCCAGGCAGUCAGUCAAUAGGUUGCCUGGCCCAGUGACGACCCCGUCAGUACCCGAAGCGCCAUGCUUGCUGGGACGCCUCCUCCUUGGGGCUGGAGCUGGUCAAGCUCUCACACUGGCAGAUUCAAAUCCCAUGUUGUCUAUAGGAAAAGGCUUGUGUGUUCCUUGAGUGUUCAUUGCUUCAUUGUAGUUUUCACAAGCGUUUGGAAGCAGCACACUGUUACAUUUCUGCUGAUUCUAAUCUUCCCAGCUCUCUCUGAAAAGAAAAGUGGAGU